GUGCAAAUAAAAUUUGUUUGGAAUUUAAGUGGAAAACACCCAGUGGGGGAAUCGUGACAUUUGUGUACAUAAUAGUGGCAGGUGGCAGCAUUGUGCGAGUAAAUUUUUAGUUGGUGAUUUGGUUAUCUGUUGUGUGGCAAACUCUUUGUCAGGCAAACAUGGCCGACGAUGAUGCGGUUGAGUCGAAGAAAACUGAGGAAAAACCCACCGAAAACGAAGCAACGGAGCCAAAAAAGAAAAUAACAGUCACAGUGAAAACUCCCAAAGAAAAGGAAAACUUCGAGGUGGAAGAGGAUCUUGCUGUGAAGGCUUUUAAGGAGGUCAUAGCUCCAGUGUUUAAUGCGGAUGUUGACCAAUUAUGCCUAAUCUUUGCCGGGAAAAUCAUGAAAGACAAUGACACCUUGCAACAACACAAUAUUAAAGACGGCCUCACUAUACAUUUGGUCAUCAGGGCUGUGCCCAGAGCCACCGAAUCGGGGCCCUCGCGACCGCCAGCGGAUGUGAGCGCGACUCCGUUUAAUUUGGGUCCUUUGGGUGGUUUAGCCGGUUUGGAUUCGUUGGGUGUAGGUUCUGGUAAUUUCAUGGAAAUUCAAAGCAGGAUGCAAACGGAACUCUUAAAUAAUCCUGAUAUGCUUAGACAACUUCUAGACAAUCCGUUUGUCCAACGAAUAAUGAACGAUCCCGAAAACAUGCGGGCCCUAAUUACCCGAAAUCCUCAAAUGCAAGAACUGAUGGAGCGCAAUCCCGAGAUAAAUCACAUGCUUAACAAUCCCGAAUUGUUACGUCAGACAAUGGAACUAGCGCGGAACCCAUCAAUGUUGCAAGAAUUGAUGAGGAGUCACGACAGGGCUAUAAGCAACUUGGAGAGCAUCCCCGGGGGUUAUAACGCAUUGCAGCGGAUGUACAGAGACAUCCAAGAACCGAUGUUUUCGGCAACUAGCGAACAGUUCAGUCGUAAUCCUUUUGCCGGUCUUGUUGAUAACAAUCAAAGUGGGAAUAAUCCCCAACAAGGAACCGAAAAUAGGGAACCACUACCCAAUCCCUGGGGUGGUCAAAGACCUAACACGAAUACUAGCUCAACCAAUAGGCCCCAAAGACCGGUCAUGAACAGCCCCUCGAUGGCGAGUCUUCUUCAACAAAUGUCCGAAAAUUCCGACUUGAUGCAAAACAUGCUAUCAGCACCUUACACGCAAAAUGUACUCGAGGCCUUAGCUAGUGACCCAAAUAUGGCGACGACGCUCUUAUCUGACAACCCCCUUCUUGCUGGAAAUCCACAACUGCAGGAACAAGUCAGGACGAUGAUUCCGUCUUUUAUGCAACAAUUGCAAAAUCCUGAUAUACAGAACGUAAUGUCCAAUCCACAGGCUCUCAAUGCGAUUAUGCAAAUUCACCAAGGUAUGGAAACUCUUCGCCAGACUGCUCCUAAUCUCGUCAAUACUUUCGGCAUUAAUACUACGACUACGGCAACAACGCCAUCUACAACAACAACUACUACUACAACUACGACUAGUACUACUCAGGCAAACACUACAACGACUCAGUCUAGCACGAAUUCAGAUCCGUUUUCAGAGUUUAUGGCUCGAAUGGUUGCCGGAAUGGCUUCACAGCGUGAUACGACUUUACCUCCCGAGCAGCGGUACCAAACACAAUUGGAGCAGUUGGCCUCAAUGGGUUUUGUAAAUAGAGAAGCGAAUCUGCAAGCUUUAAUUGCAACUUUUGGUGAUGUUAAUGCAGCAGUGGAAAGGCUACUAGCGCUCGGGCAGUUAUCCAUGAGCUAACCUAUCUAUUCAUAUAUUCCAAAUGUAUUAUUAUUACUUUUUAAAUUUUGGGCUUUUUAAAUCAUUUUGUUUAGGAUAGAGUAUUUUAUCUAUGUAUUAGAUGAUUCAAUUUUUUCUAAGAUGUAUACUGGGUUUUAUUUGGUGCCACUUGUUAUAAUUGUUUUUGCCAUUAUUGUAAACAGCUCGCUUCAAAUUAUAAAUAAAUGAUUGUAGUUUGAAGGGACUGUAGGAACACAGAAAUUAUUCAAAUGAUGAUUUGACUUUCAAAAAUGUAUAUCUAUAAUUAAUUAGAGACUAUUUUAGCAACACGUAAAGUAUUUUAUUAUUGACUAAUAAUUAACCUUUCAUAUAAAUAUUGCAAUCAUGGCAAACACUAGUCAGUGAUGGAUAAAGUUUGUCAGAAAAAAACGACUGAUCUGUGGCUUGUGUAAAACAAUCAAAUGAUAUUAUCAGUUGAGUGUAUUAUAUGUUAUAUGGGUAUAUCUAAUUUUGAGAAAUCUUAUAUUUUUAAUAUAUUGUUUUUUGUUGAGGAAAUUCGUUGUUAAUAUUUUUUCCAUAUUGAGACUUGAUUUGCGAGGAGUGAUUACCAACUGUGCAAAUUUUAAAUUUUAUACUAAUACAAUGGCAAUAACACUAGAGUUAUGUGUUAAGUGGCUCAAACAAUAUUUCACUGUAAUUUAUUAUAGCUCUCAGUGUUUUUUCGAGAUGAACACUGGAUUUACUAUGGAUGUUCAUGGAGAUUAACGACCACAGAUCGCUUUUCCUUGAAAUUAAACGAAAUUUUCAUAGUUAAUAGACAUUCAAUUGUUUAGUUGUAUACAUAUACGACUUGUGCAUUGUACAUUCCAUUAUGUAAGACAAUUCGCAAAAUAAAACAGUUUCUCCAUGAUCA